AAACAACAAUAUUUUGUUUUUCUUUAUUACUCUCUUCUUUCUGUUGAAAUCUGUUAAAAUCCCCCGCCCCCGCCCCCUUCCUUCCUUCCUUCAAGAAAUCCAGAGAUAUUUCCCUCUCUCUCAAUUCCACAGAAGAUCGGGGGUUUAAUCGCGGGGAAUUAACCAUGUUUAACCGGCUUUUAGGAAAACCUAAACAGGAACCAAAUGCUCUAACCUCGCUAGAUAAAUUACAUGAGACCCUUGAAAUGCUAGAGAAAAAGGAAAAAGUACUUCUGAAGAAGGCUGCUGCAGAGGUUGAAAAGGUCAAGGAAUUCACCAAAGCGAAAAACAAGAGAGCGGCUAUACAGUGUUUGAAGAGAAAAAGACUAUAUGAACAGCAAAUAGAACAGCUCGGAAACUUCGAGCUUCGUAUUCAUGAUCAGAUGAUAAUGUUAGAAGGUGCUAAAGCCACAACGGAGACUGUAGAUGCAUUAAGAACUGGAGCAGCGGCAAUGAAAGCAAUGCAGAAAGCAACGAAUAUAGAUGAUGUUGACAAAACAAUGGAUGAGAUCAAUGAACAAACCGAGAAUAUGAAACAGAUUCAGGAAGCAUUGUCAACUCCCAUUGGAGCUGCUGCCGAUUUUGACGAGGAUGAAUUAGAAGCGGAACUUGAAGAACUUGAAGGAGCUGAGUUGGAAGAACAGCUUCUCCAGCCUGCAACAACUGCUCCUGCAGCUACAGUGCAGGCUCCUGCGGGCAGGCAACCAGCUCGUAAUGUUCCUCAAAAGCGCACAAGUGAGGAAGAUGAACUAGCCGCACUGCAGUCUGAGAUGGCACUUUAAGGUAAGUGUCUGGUAGAGAACUGAUUUUGCUCAUGUUGCAAAACUUGAAAGAGACAACCCCCCCCCCCCACACACACACAUAUUGUAUUAUUGAAUCUUGACUUCUAAAUUUGUAUUUGCAUAAAUUGUUUUAAACUAAAUGUA